AAUAAAAUUAAUGUAAACCAGAAAAUUGAAGUCUAAUACAUAAUUUACAUACAGCUAAUUUCAAACGAACGACUAAAAUGCCUCGUUUCCAUAAAGUAGAAAUUAAUAAAACUGAAUGGAUAGUCCCGGAGCGAUAUCAGAUGCUUACACCUGUAGGUUCCGGCGCUUACGGUCAGGUUUGUUCUGCAAUAGAUGCCCAACAUAGUAUGAAAGUGGCUAUUAAAAAGUUAGCCAGACCUUUUCAAUCAGCUGUUCAUGCAAAGAGAACAUACAGAGAGUUGCGAAUGUUGAAACAUAUGAACCAUGAGAAUGUUAUUGGAUUGCUGGAUGUGUUUACACCGGAGAAAACAUUAGAAGAUUUUCAGCAAGUAUACUUAGUGACCCAUCUAAUGGGUGCUGAUCUGAAUAACAUCGUACGGACACAGAAGCUUUCUGAUGACCACGUUCAGUUUCUGGUAUACCAGAUUUUACGUGGACUCAAAUACAUACAUUCGGCUGGCAUCAUUCAUAGGGAUUUAAAACCCUCUAACAUAGCUGUGAAUGAGGACUGUGAGUUAAAAAUCUUAGAUUUUGGCUUGGCGAGACCCACUGAGACUGAAAUGACAGGUUAUGUGGCAACAAGAUGGUAUCGUGCGCCAGAGAUAAUGCUCAAUUGGAUGCAUUAUAACCAAACUGUGGACAUUUGGUCUGUGGGUUGUAUUAUGGCUGAGUUGCUGACAGGAAGAACUUUGUUCCCCGGUACUGACCAUAUUCAUCAAUUGAAUUUAAUCAUGGAGAUACUCGGCACGCCCGCUCAGGAGUUUAUGCAGAAAAUAUCGUCCGAGUCUGCACGUAACUACAUCCAGUCUCUGCCGGCUUUGAAGAGACGCGACUUCCGCGAGGUGUUCCGCGGCGCGAACCCACUCGCCAUCAACCUGCUGGAACUGAUGCUCGAACUGGAUGCCGAUAAACGCAUAACGGCAGAACAAGCGCUCGCGCACGAGUACUUGGCUCAGUACGCGGACCCGACCGACGAGCCGGUUUCUGCGCCCUACGACCAGAGCUUCGAAGACAUGGAGCUGCCUGUAGACAAGUGGAAAGAGCUGGUGUGGAAAGAAGUAGUGGAGUUUAAGCCGCAUCCGCAGCACAUGAAUACCGUGGUCGAGGUGAACCCAUCGUAAUUUGCAACAGUAUUGUAAAUAAUAAUUGCCUUAUUACAUUCAUGCCGUCACGCUGUAGCCGGAGUGUUUAUGGCCAGUGUCUUAAUGUAAUUAAUAAAACCAUAAUUGUGUUGUUUACCAGAUUUACGAGAUAUGAAUUUCGAUCAGUUUAAAACAAACGAAUGUUUUAGUAUCGUUCCCUGUUGGAAAGGAGAAAAAACGUAUGCUUAUUGACGUAAGCGCUAUAUUAGUUUCUGAACACGACUUCACUUGAAAUGAGAUUUCACUGCGAUCACGAUAGUAGUAAUUCACUUAUUUUGUAGUAUAGUAGUUCACUUACAUUGAAAGGGCGUAAGCAUACAAAAUCUAAACACAGUUUCCUUUUAAAAAAGCGUAUUAAAAAGAGUUCAGAUUUACUGGUGGUAGGACCUCUUGUGAGUCAACAAUUUAAUUAAGUACGUAUUUCAUUAGAAAAAUUGGUAUCUUCCUACGGGAUCGUUCGAUGCACACUAUGGAAUCCGAACCUCUAGGUAUACGGAGGGAUUUCGGUUCUCUUUGUGUUUUGUACCGCUUAUUCCAUGGGGAGUGCUCUGAGGAAUUGUUCGAGAUGAUCCCUCCAACUUUUUUUUACCAACACCCCUCUCGCCACCGGAGCAGAGUGCUUCCAUACUAUCUGGAACCACUACCUUAAUCGAUAACGCGUUUUCAGAAAAAAAAAAAA